CAGUGAACUUGACAACCUUCCUGACAAGAAUUGUAGCAUUUCCUUUAUACGGGCUUUGCUCACAAAUUUAAAAACAUUUUUACAGUGGUCUGUGGUCUCUUCAUGUAGCAUAAAUGCCGAAACUUACGACCAGAGUUCCGGGUUUCGUUGCCUUCUGCGUCUGUGUUCAUUGCUAGGCAAUGGACGGGCAGCAGAUGCAGGUGAGCGACGAAGAGCCUAAAGUCCUGCGAGAAGAGAUCCGGAGGAGGAGAAGAAAGAAGGCCAUCACGUCAUCCUCCGGCACCUCCAUGGACCAGAUCACUGUUGAGUUUGUCCUGCCCACCGUGGCACGGGGCGGAAACAGCCCUGACAGUCUGUUGCUGGAGGUUGCUGGAAACUGGACUGUAGAACAGGUGAAAGCUCAGGUGUGGCUGAAGGCGGUGACUUUAAACCUCUGUCCUGAAUUCUACCAGCGGUUUUCUCCUGACCACUGCAUUCUGCUCUACCAGAAGAAAGGCAACAUGUGCGAGAUCUAUGACAAGCACCAGGUCUUCCAGACACUUGACUGCAUUCGCUACUGGAGAGCCCUGAAGAAGGAUGUGGGGCGGAUCCAGCUAGUGCCCCGUCCCCAGCCAUCCGAUGAGUCCCUGCAGUACCAACGCUACCUAAACUACCUAAUUGGCUACGACGUGACUGAUGUCAGCAAUGUGCACGAUGAUGAGCUGGAGUUCACUCGCAGAAAGCUUCUGACGCCACGACGCAUCGAACUGUCUGACCGCGACCCAAGACUCUACUCCAUGGACCCCUGGGUGACCCACAAGCCGCUGCCUGAGCACCUGCUCAGCAAGGUCAGUAACAGUCACAUCCUGGUGGUGAUCCACAUCACCACGGCCAGCCAGACCAUCAAGGUUUCCAUCAAUGACACACCGGCACAGGUAUUGGCAAGCUUUUUCGCCAAGACAGCAAACAAAAGACUUUUGCUGGGCAUCCCUGAAAACAUGUCUGAGGCAGACUAUGUGCUACGUGUGUGUGGCAGGGAGGAGUACCUGUAUGGAGAUAAACCACUGCAGAACUUCAACUGGAUCCGUCAGUGUCUGAAGAAUGGUGAAGAGAUCCACCUGGUUCUGGAGACGCCGCCUGAUUCUGAUCUGGAUCUCGUCCAGAAGGAGGACUGGGCCCAAGUGGAUGACUGCACUGGAGUCGCAGGUACCCAUGAGCAAUUGACCAUUGAUGAGAAAGACCACGAACGAGUGUUCACCAUCUCCAUGUGGGACUGUAACAGGAAGUUCAGAGUGAAGGUGCUGGGUAUUGAUAUCCCAUCCCUGCCCAAAAUCCCAGAGUUUAUUGUCUUCAUAGAGGCCAGCAUCUUCCACGGCCAGCAGCUUUUAGCCCAGGAGAGGACGAUCUCCAAAACCUUCAAUGAAGAAGUGCUGUGGAACUGCUGGUUGGAGUUUAACAUUAAGAUUAAAGACCUGCCUAAGGGGGCUCGCCUCAACCUCCAGGUGGUCUGUGGGAAGCAAUCUCAGACACCCAACUCCAAGGGAAGCUCCUACCAGGACAAUACAGGAGGAGGAGGCAGCCAUGAUGGAAAGACCAAGAGUCGUCUCCUGUACUAUGUCAACCUGCUCCUGGUGGACCACCGCUCUCUGCUCCGCCAGGGUGAGUUCAUCCUCCACAUGUGGAAAAUGCCCGAGAAGAGCGAGGAGAGCAGCAGCAGCAUCAAUGCAGAUAAGCUCACCUCGGCCACCAACCCAGACAAGGAUUCUUCCAUGGUCAUCGCCAUUUUAUUGGACAAGUACUGUUACCCUGUGGUGCUGCCCAAGAGCCGGGACGUGAGCCGGGACAUGGUGGCUGGGGGUGAGGAAACCGAAGGAGGGGAGCGAGGUCAGAGAGAGAUGCCGAACCAUCUGAAGAAACAGUUUGAGGCUAUCGUGGCAACUGACCCCCUGCAUCCACUCAGUCCUGAGGACAAAGAGCUGCUCUGGCACUUCAGACAUGAGUGUAUGCGCGACCCCAGGGCCUACCCAAAGCUGCUGGGCUCAGUCAGAUGGGGGAAACAGGAAGAUGUUUUGGCAACACACUGUCUGUUGGAGCGCAGCAGUGCUUGGGACAGCAGUGGUCUGGAUGUUGGUCUGGCCAUGCAGCUGCUGGACUGUCACUACUCUGAUGCUCAGGUUCGCUCAAUGGCUGUCAGGAAGCUGGAGACUCUGGAAGAUGAUGAUGUGCUCAGAUAUCUUCUGCAGCUCGUACAGGCAGUCAAGUUUGAACCCUACCAUGACAGUGCCCUUGUGAGGUUCCUGCUGAAGAGAGCUCUGAGGAGUAAGCGUAUAGGUCAUUUUCUCUUCUGGUUCUUGCGCAGUGAGAUCGCCCAGUCCAUGCACUACCAGCAGAGGUAUGCUGUCCUGCUGGAGGCCUACCUCAGAGGCUGUGGUGAGGCCAUGCUGCAGGACUACAGGAAACAGGUGGAGAUGACUGAGGCUCUGCAGAAAGUUACCCGGGAGAUGAAGGCCAUGUCUGCUGACAAAUAUGAUGUAACUGCACAAGUGGUGUUUCAGUUGCGUCAGAAGCUGGAGACUCUGCAGUUGUCUGGUCUGCCGGAAAGUUUCAGAGUCCCUUAUGAUCCUGGACUGAGAGCUGGAGCCCUUUUGAUUGAGCAGUGUAAAGUGAUGGCAUCUAAGAAGAAGCCAUUGUGGCUGCAAUUUAAAAGGGCUGACCCCACCACUCUAUCCAAAGACCCCAUCGGUAUCAUCUUCAAAGACGGUGAUGACCUCAGACAGGAUAUGCUCAUCCUACAGAUUUUGUUGAUCAUGGAGUCAAUCUGGGAGACUGAAUCACUGGACCUCUGUCUGUUACCGUACGGCUGCAUUUCCACUGGAAACAGAAUAGGUAUGAUUGAGAUUGUGAAGGAUGCCACCACCAUUGCUAACAUUCAGCAGAGUGUUGUUGGAAGCACUGGCGCUUUUAAAGAUGAAAUCCUGUAUCAGUGGCUGCGGGACAAGUGUGUCAGCGAGGACAAGUUCCAGCAGGCUGUGGAAAGGUUUCUGUAUUCCUGUGGUGGCUACUGUGUGGCUACAUAUGUCCUGGGAAUUGGAGAUCGCCACAAUGACAACAUAAUGAUCACUGAAUCUGGGAAUCUCUUCCACAUCGACUUUGGUCACAUCCUGGGGAAUUAUAAGAGCUUCAUGGGAAUCAGUAAAGAGUGGGUUCCCUUCGUGUUAACACCAGAUUUCCUGUAUGUCAUGGGAACAUCAGGAAAGAAAAGUAGCCCCCACUUCCAGAAAUUCCAGGACGUGUGUGUGAGGGCUUACCUCGCCCUUCGGCACCACACCAACCUGCUCAUCAUCCUAUUUUCCAUGAUGCUGAUGACUGGCAUGCCCCAGCUGACUAGUAAGGAGGAUAUUGAGUACAUCCGUGAGGCGUUGACUGUAGGCCGCAGCGAGGACGAGGCCCAACGCCAUCUACUGGACCAGAUAGAGAUUUGUAGGGAGAAAGGCUGGAUGGUUCAAAUCAACUGGUUUGUUCACCUGGUGCUGGGGAUCAAGCAGGGUGUGGAGAAACGGUCCACUUAGUACUAAUUAGGAAAGAUAAAGAUUUGAAGUUGGUCCUCUUCAGAUUUAGUAAUUUAGACCAUGAGUCAUCUCAGAUAUGAAGACAUUUUUAUGAAGAAUAAUGACAUCAAAUGAAUAACUAAGACAUGGUAUUGACUGAGUGUAAAUCUUGUGGAACAUGAAUCCCAUCAAAACCAAUCAUUUAAACUCUGGAAAAAAAA